AUGCCUUCCUACACUAGCAUCUUCGUCUGCAGCAUCUUGGCCCUCGGUGCUUCCGCCCAAACCGAUUACGGAUACGACGCUCCUGCUCCACCAGCUGAUUCCUAUGGCGCCGUGACAUCUGCCCCAGAAUCUGUUGCAACUUCUAUUGAAACUUCUAUUGCAACUUCUAUUGCAACUUCUAUUGCAACCUCUAUCGCAUCUUCUGUCGCAACAACAUGUACAUCUUCUGUCGCAACAUCUAUUGAAACUUCCAUUGCAACUUCUGCAGUAACAUCCGCUACCUCGUCUGAAACAUCCUCCGAGCCAGCCAAAGCGACUGCAGCAGCAGCAGCCUGUCCUAUUAACUUCGAAAAAGGCUGCGGAUUCCUUUGCAGCGGUCCAAAAUUCGCUCCAUCUUGUGAAACCGAAUGGUUCUUCAACAAAGAUACUGCAAUCUGCACACCCUGCCCCGGUAUUCCCGAUAAAUGCCCUCCAGCCCCCGAGCCAUCUUGCGCUUUCGUUUGCAAGGCUCAAGGCGCUGCUGCGAGCAAGGGAGAAGCCGAAACACCAUUCUGCUGGGCUAGUGAUGUUACCAAGGAAGGUGAAAUCGCUUGUACUCCCUGCGGUGGUGACUAUGGUGACUAUAAUGUUGCUUCUGCGACUCCACCACCACCAUCCAAUGUCUCCAUCUCUACUCAAACCUACGAAAAUGGUACUGCCACCAUUUCGACUCAUCACGGAAACAACACUACUUAUGCUCCUCCACCAAUCUACACCUCUGGAGCCUCAACUAUGACAAUUGGGGCUUCUGCGAUCGUCGGUUUGGCUUUGGCUUUCUUUGCUUUGUAA